AUUUUGCCAAGUUUGGGAAUUCAGUUGUUGCGCUACAUGUUUCCCUUGAGAUGCAUGAAAUUCCUACGGGGAGGAUCUCUACAUUUCAUGAACAGAACUUUAUUUUUGAAGUGUGCUCCAUUAUGCGGAAGCUUUAACCGACAGCAGAAUAAUUCUUGGGUGUACAAAAUUGUCCACAGAUUGUCUCCAAAGGAUAAACUGCUUCUGUAUCAAGAGUUAUCUAGAAGUAUUAACGAAAAGCUAGAUUCCACAAAUAGUAUUUCGGAAGUUCAGGAGGCUAACUUAACAUACGCUCAGCUCAAACUUGUUGUUGCUGGAAGCUGUCUUCCUUUCAUAGGGUUCGGCUUCUUGGAUAAUGCGAUUAUGAUUGUAGCCGGGGAGUAUAUUGACUUGACAUUUUCAGCAGUUUUGGGAAUUUCAACUAUGGCUGGUACGUGCUAUUGUUUAAGAAUGAUUAUUUACAGCUGCCGGCCUUGUAACCUGAUUUCUGACCUCUUCGGAAUCGGGCUUGUUGGUUACGUUGAAAAGUUCGUAGAAAAAAUUGGUAUUUCUGUCCCUCAUUUGUCUGCUUCUCAGCUUGCUUCCAGUUCAGUUCGUUGGGCUGUAGCAAUAGGACGAAUAGUUGGUAUUACCAUUGGCUGUCUCCUGGGCUUACUGCCUCUUCUUUGGUUUAACCAAUCAGAAGGUGAAAAAGGAAAUAACUUAGCUGAAUAGUGCAUGUUGUGACGUUGACCACUGUGCAAUUACAUCUAAGUAAGUAGAGUAGGUUUAAAUCGUAUUAUGCUUUUAAUCUUUACCUGUAAAGCAACAAUUUUAAAACUGUGAUUAUUUUUCAACAUAAUUUGUAUUUUCUAACUGGUUAACCAUAAUUAUUCUUUUCUUAUACCUGCAUUGAUUUUCCAAUGGGACCAAACAUUUCUAAAUAAAUGUAAUAUCUAAAAUAUAAGUUUGUAUAAUUUUUAGUUUCUUUUUGUUAAUCUGUUGGGCUGUUGUUACCAUUUCGCUUCAUCAAGAGACAAAUUGUAGAUCUUUUUUGAUGCUAUUUUUAAAUUACCAGCUUUUUGUCAUUGUAAUUUGUAUGAACUAUGAUCAAGGUUUGACCGAAUAGUAUCGCAAAAUAUUGGGCGG